AGUGUUGAACGAAAGUGUAUUCGUAAGAAAACUAAACAUGAUGAAUUAUCGAAACAAAUUUUUGACUGGGCUUGGUUUGAUUUUGCUCCUGCUCGUCGGAAAAAUUUCAAUUUUUGAUGUAGAUAAAGUGGAGGAGAGUCGGGUAGAAGAAUUGGAAAUCAAGCCACUCACGUUUGAAAAUGAUAUCUGUUCCCUUUAUGAUAUCUUUAAAGUAAUUGAUUCUAUGCUUUUCGAAAGAAAGUACAAACCUUUGAUAGUAAUAAUAGCAGCUAACUUGAGUAUUGGUGUAAACAGAGUUAGAAAUUUAAGUGGGAACAAAAGAAUAUUAAAUGAUGAUGAGAUCAAGAACAACCCUCAUCACAGUCAGUUAUAUCAAACUAUAUUGGAAAAUAUUUAUUUAUUCCAAGCCAAUGACAAAUAUUAUUUUGUUUAUCCAUUAAACUUUCAACACCACUUUUUAACCAUAUAUUCCCAAAGAAAGCUAUUGAAUAACAAUUUAGGUAUUACCUUCGAUUUUGUUAAUUUAAAAAAAAAGUUUCCAUUUUUUGAUGAUAUUUUCAUUCCACUGGAACCAAGCUGCACCAAUUGCCCUGUUGUAAAAUAUGUAAAAGAAAAACUACAGAAAGGUGAAAGCUUUUCAGAAUUAUUCCAGUUACGUAAAAAAUUAUUUAGAGAGAAACAAACAAAAAACUUAUCCUUUACGCCAUUCGAUAAUGAUUACAUUUGUACUUCGAUGGGAUUCAACAUUAAUUCUCAAAGCUCGAGUUCUUUAAUGCGUUUUAAUUCAUUACUAGAACAAAUUCAAAACAAUAGCAAGAAUGUAGAAAAAAGAAGAACUGUAGAACGAAGCCGAAUGUGCUUUCAGUCAAGACAACUCAAAAUUGCAGAAGAUGUAUUUUACGGAAAUAUGAAAAAUCAACUUUAUCUGAAUGAUAUUAUGGUUACGAUUGAUUACUUAAAUUGGAUUAAUAACACUAUAUCUUCAUUGAAUGGCAGUGAUAUUUCAUUUGGCGGUCUUUGUGAAAAUGAACACAAAAUAGGCAUAUUUAAAUUAUUUUGUUUUAUGAAAGGAAUAUCAGAUGUUACUUCUCACAACAUAACAGAGUGGACAGUUGCCAUAAAAAAACUUCUUACAAAAUCAUUGAUAAGCAAACUACGUUGGUUUAACAGAUUAAUUUAUUUGUAUAAAAAUGAAUAUACCAUAAGCAAAAAUUACACUUCCAUGCUUGAAUAUCUUAAAGAAAAAAUGCUAACUGUAAGCGAAAAUUGGAGUAAUGUAAUGAAUAUUACAUAUAAUAUUGUUAAGGAUUCUCUGAGAGUAAAUAAUCAUUUUGAUUAUAAUCUUGAGAAUAUUUCAAUCUGCACUAUUUACGAAAAUUGGGAAACAAUUGAUGAUCUACUCUUUGAGGCGAACUACAAGAGAUUAGUGAUAAUCGUAGUAGAUGACAUAAAAAAAGGGAUCAAAAUUGCUAAACAAAUAAGAGCUAGAAGAGUGGUACCAAAUGUAAGGCAAAAAGAUCUUCAUUAUUCAGAAAAGUUUCUGUACGAUUUCAUAAUGAAACAUAUUUAUUUGGUUGAAUCCAAUGAUACUUAUUAUUAUGUCUACCCAACGACCACUGAUAGACAAGAAAACCCAUUAAUUAUCUAUUUGGAAUAUAAAAUGAUUACAGAUUAUUCAAAUGUUAUAUUUUAUUAUGUAAAUGCUGGGAAAUAUUUUCCUUUUGAUGAACGACUUAAUCUUGAUGACAGUGAUUUGGUUAUUCCUGCGCUACCAGAUUAUUGUCGCAUACCUUCAGGAAGGUGUAAGAAGCGCUACAUAAAUCCCUCAUAUUUAAUAAAAGUAAAUCAAGAGUUUUUAAAGCGCUUUCCAAAAUAUCUUCCUUUAUAUGCUUCCUUUUACAAUAACUUGACAGAAUUUACAAAUAAUUACGAUUCCCACCAUAAAGACAAUUACUACUCUUCGUACCAUCAAACAUAUUAUGACUUUGCUAAAGAACAACAAUUUACUUAUGACAUAAUCUAUAAAUUUAUAGAUUUGCCAUGCUUGUCGAUGCAGAAAUUAAAUAACAGAACCGAUAUUAAUUUUAGUAUGACUAAAUUUAGCGAUGUUCUUUACUUUUAUAAAUUAAUAACUUCAGCUUAUGGAAACAUAACAUCAUUAAAUGAUAGAAACAAUACAAAUUUAGAAUUGCUUUGCAGUAAUAAAGAAAUUUUUAAAUUUAUUAAAUUCUUUUGCUUUUUAAAAAUAAAUUAUAUUGAAGGCAUGCUAAAAGUUAUUGAUCAGAAAUCUUAUAAAAUUAGCUACAUGAAAAGUAUUGUUCAAAAUGAGAAAAAUACUGUAACCGAAUAUUUGUUAAAGACGAAGGAUUGGAUAGAGGAAUUAUUAUCAAUGCAACACCUUGAUUAUAUGUAUAAUGAAAUUCAACUGUUUAUAAAAUCAGACGCUCUUUAUUCCGAAAUACCAAAAAUUAUCUCAAAUGGCACUGAUUUGUCUGACAAAAUCUAUUCGAUUGUUAAAAGCAGGUCGAUUUCUAUCUUAUGCAAAACAUCUCUAAUUCGGAAUUAGUGAAAUUUUACUAAUUCACCGAAUUAGUAAACUAUUUUUUUUUAACUAUUUCAAGAAUAUAAUUUAAAUAUUCCACAAAAUUUAUUUUUAAGGUAAUUUUUGGUGAGGAAUUUAAUGGUCAUAAAAUAAAAAAUUUCAAUGGUCAUACAAAAAAAAUUGUUAAAUGAAAAAAUUCAUUUUUAUAAUUUUUGAUACAUUUUCUGACCAUUGAAUUACUUAGAAAAAAUUACAUAAAAAAUAAUUUUGUGAAAAAUUAAAAGAUGAAAAUUUUUAUUAAUCCUGUAUGACUUAAAAUUUACAUUAACUACUGAUAUUAGAAUUAGAGAAAUUUUAUUAACCCCGAAUGAUUUGAAAUUUAUAUUUACUUCUAGUUUUGAAAUUGAAAAGAAUGUAAAUAAUUUUGUCCGACUAUACAUUGUCUCUACUACUUGAAUUGUGAUUUAAAAAAUUGAAAAAUUGAAGUUUAUUAAUUAUUAUAAAUUAGUUAAUUAGUAAAUCGUUUACGUCUGACUAUAAAUUGUGUUUACUACUGAUAUUUUAGGCUUAGAGACAUUUUAUAUUCUUGUAUGAUCUAAAAUUUAAAUCUAAUAUUAGAUUUAGAGAAAAUUGUCUAACGAUUCUAAUUCGAAAAAGUGUCUGACUUAAAAUUUGUAU